AUGGGAUGUAAAAGAUGCAUCGAAGUUGGAAUAUUCACUGAUUAUACUGCAUUAACAAUUGCAUUAGCUCUUCCAUCAGAUAGUCAAUUAAUUGCAUGUGAUAUUACUGAUCAAUAUGUUCGACAGGAUAUAUGGAAAAAAGCAGGUGUUAGUGAUAGAAUUACAUUAAAAAUUGGAUCAGCUAUUGAAUUAGUUCGUUCAAAUGGUUUUAUUGAGUGUGUAGAGUGA